AAAGCUAAAGGACUUUGCACAUGAAAGUUCCACAGUGUGUGUGUGUGUGUGUCUUGUGAUGUGGCUAGAAAAAGCACACGGAAGCAUACUUACAGAGGACUGCUUGAAUAUAAAGGGAUGGAAGUGAAGAGUAUUCUGCGGAGGACACAGUCCCUGAAGAGUGUUCGCACCGAGAGGACACUGUCAGUGACUGAGGUGGGACUCCGGGACAGAAAGAAGUCUGUCUCUGAGCUGGUGGCAGAAUAUCGGUUCGCGUCGAGAGGAAAGACACCUAAAUCAGAACAUGAAAAACAAGAGAACACUCCAGCAUAUGUGCCUCCCGUGCUUGCCCCUGCUCCUGUCCCUGAGCCAACGGUGGUCCCCAAAGUGGAGUCCCCUGCUGCCAAGGUGCGGAACAGCGCUGUGUUGGAGCGCUCCAAGUCCCUGAGUGAGAGGCAGCCACGGCCUCUCUCCCGUGCCAAGUCCAUGGAGAGCCUGCCUCGUGGGGCUCCGGGGGGCACCAGUGCGCUCACGGCCCUCUUCGAAUCGAAGGUCGUGACCCCGAGAGAGCUGAAGCGCGGGGGCGAGCCUCCCCUCAACAGCCCGCGGGGGAACAGGGACGCACAGGUUAAGGCUGAGGCAGAGGAAGUGGUCGAGCAAGUAAAGGAAGUGAAGAAGAACAAUACCCAUGAUCCUCCACCACUCACGACUCAAGCACAGGAUGCAACCCCAAAGGUUACAAGAAGGAGCCGUUCAGAGAGACGCCAGACUGUGUCUGGUGUAUAUCUUGACAGGACAUCCCAAACAUCAGAUGAUAAAGAGAAGAGGACAUCUCUUGCUGACUUUGGAUGGGAGAAAUCAUCCAUUUCUGUCAAAGCCAUAUCUGCGCUCUUUCAGUCAAAAGCAACAACCGUGGAAACCUCAGCAAAUCAAGGAAUGGAUUCAUCUAGCCCGUCUGGAAAGAGACCUAAAGCAUUUAAGUUUCAACCUGCCGCACAAGACUUGUGCACUGUGUGCCUUAAGCCUGUCUACCCCAUGGAGAGGAUGGUGGCAGACAAGUUCAUAUUUCACAAAAACUGUUUCUGUUGCAAACACUGCCGAAAGAAGCUGAGCAUUGGCAACUUUGCACCCCUUUCUGGAGAGUUUUACUGCGUGUUUCACUACCAGCAGUUAUUCAAGAGGAAAGGCAACUAUGAUGAGGGUUUUGGGCGUCCACAACAUAAGGACCGCUGGCUACAGCACACUGUGAAUGGUACAGAUGAUGUAUAGGCCCAUCCAGGUUUUGGU